CGCUCUCCGCCGAUUGGCCGCGGCGCUCGGGGAGGCUAUAAAAGCGUGGGGCGGGGGCGGGGCCAGUUCUUUUGCUCCACGGAGGCCUCGUGAGAGAAACACCGGAGUCUUUAAACCGCUGCCGUGCGAUCCUUGGGUCACCGCGAUGCCCAGGGAAGACCGAGCCACGUGGAAGUCAAACUACUUCCUCAAGAUCAUCCAACUCUUGGACGACUAUCCAAAAUGCUUCAUUGUGGGAGCAGACAAUGUCGGUUCCAAGCAGAUGCAGCAAAUCCGCAUGUCCUUGCGUGGGAAGGCCGUGGUCCUGAUGGGGAAGAACACCAUGAUGCGCAAGGCAAUCCGGGGACAUCUGGAAAACAACCCUGCUCUGGAAAAGCUUCUGCCUCAUAUCCGUGGUAAUGUGGGCUUCGUGUUCACCAAGGAGGAUCUGACUGAAAUCAGGGACAUGUUGUUGGCCAACAAGGUACCAGCUGCUGCUCGUGCAGGUGCUAUUGCCCCCUGUGAGGUCACUGUGCCAGCUCAAAACACCGGCCUUGGCCCUGAGAAGACCUCCUUUUUCCAGGCUUUGGGCAUCACCACCAAGAUCUCCAGAGGCACCAUUGAAAUUCUGAGUGAUGUGCAGUUGAUCAAGACCGGAGACAAAGUGGGUGCCAGCGAAGCCACCUUGCUGAACAUGUUGAACAUCUCCCCCUUCUCCUUUGGGCUCGUCAUCCAGCAGGUGUUUGAUAAUGGCAGCAUUUACAGCCCUGAAGUCCUGGACAUCACUGAAGAGACCCUGCAUGGGCGCUUCUUGGAAGGUGUUCGCAAUGUUGCCAGUGUUUGCCUGCAAAUUGGCUACCCGACAGUUGCCUCUGUGCCCCACUCCAUCAUCAAUGGGUACAAACGAGUCCUGGCUGUGGCUGUAGAGACUGAUUACUCUUUCCCAUUAGCUGACAAGGUAAAGGCCUUCCUGGCUGACCCUUCUGCUUUUGUGACUGCUGCCCCUGUGGCAGCUGAGGUUGCAGCUCCCGCUGCAGCAGCCCCAGCCAAGGUGGAGGCCAAGGAAGAGUCUGAAGAGUCUGACGAGGACAUGGGAUUCGGUCUCUUUGACUAACUUUCAGAGUUUUGUUGCCAAUCAGUCGGAGCAGAAUGAAACAAUAAAAUAAAAGUACUUCUCUACACA